CUGCGAGUUUCGCCUCGUUCUCGUCCAUUGUACAGCAGUGUCUUGUUCCUAGUCGACGUCUUUGUAGGUACAAUUUGACAACGUGACCGCCGUGAGACAGACAAACAACCAAGAUGAAGGGGAAUAAUAUGAUUCCGAAUGGCCAUUUCCAUAAGGAUUGGCAGAGGUUCAUUCGUACUUGGUUUAAACAAAGUGCUCGGAAAUACAGAAGGAGGCAGCACAGGAUUAAGAAAGCCGCUCUCGUCAACCCGAGACCCGCUGCACCACUGAGACCAGCAGUGAGAUGCCCGACAGUCCGCUACCACACAAAAUUGCGUCUUGGUAGGGGUUUUACUUUAGAGGAAAUUUCUAGGGCUAAACUUACACCUGGAUUCGCCAGGUCGGUCGGCAUCGCUGUUGACCCGAGAAGGAGGAACAAAUCCGUCGAGUCUUUGCAAUUGAACGUCCAGCGUUUGAAGGAGUACAAGGCGAAAUUAAUCCUGUUCCCCAUGAAACGUAGCAAGAAAUUGAAGAAGGGCGAAGCUUCUGAGGAAGAACGCAAGUUAGCUGCGCAAGUGGCUACCCCAGUGCUACCUCUUGCCAAGCCUUCAUUGAAAGUCAAAUCAAGGACUAUCACAGAAGCUGACAAGAAAUUCUCUGCUUAUGUAGCACUCAGAAAGGCUAGGGCAGAUGAACGUCUUGUCGGAGUAAGGGCCAAACGCCUCAAGGAAGCAAGUGACAAUCCUGAUGACGUUGCUAAAGUUGCGAAAGACAAAAAAGAUAAAAAAGCGAAGAAAUAAGUUGUAAAGUGCUUUUUUAUAAUUAAAAAAAUAGUUUAAACA